AUGAACUGGACCGGAGGCCGCCUUCGACGCCAGUCCCAUAAUCGGCCUGGCUCACUGUCCACGAUCCAGAAGCAGUACUUCGCAAAAGCUCGGCUGAGGCUGCGAGAUGCGUCUAAUCGAGUAGUGGCAUCUCAUAUCGUUCCCUUCUUCGAACACAAUUACCGGAUUUCUGGGGUAACCGAAAGAAAUCUCAUCCGUCCUCACACGUCCCCAGUCAGUAACGAGGGCGAAAGAGAAAACGAACUGCGAUCUGAACAAACUCAAAAAGUCUGCUCUCAUGGACUGGAGCCGUCUCAGCGACAGCUCAGUCUCUCUCAGGAACUGAGAUCCUCGCGAAUAUCACAUGAAUCAAUUAGCGGUCCUCCGUACUCUAAGCUUCCGCAUACAGAGUCACUGCUGAUUGCAACAUCAUUCCAGAAGGCCACCCAGAAUCACUCUCGAACCUCAAAAUUGGACAAUAUCAAGCUUCGUCUUCUCCGUCAACAAGAUUGGGCCGGAAUCUCUGCUACACGACCCUUACAGAUGAAAUUUCCGUCAGUUGAGGAGAAAGAAAAGGUGGGUAAGAGAAGAAGAAUCAUAAAAUGCGAUGAAACAAGGCAGGCGUCUGUCCUAAAGAGACCUUUUACGGCAGAAUUGUCCCCAAUUCGUCGCAAGCAGGGGCAGAGAGACAAAGUCGUCUACACAGAUGCUUCAGACAACAUCAGCAUAAGAAUCAACGGUCAUAGAGAAAAUAAGGUACUUGGAGGUUACAGUCAAAAGCCCGUGCCGCGACAAGAGUCAACAGAGCCAAUGCUACUCGAUGGAGAUGAAGCUUGGUUUCCCAAGUUGACAAGAUCACAAAGAGAUUAUCCAGAACAUAACAAGCCAUCGGUCCAAACUAGCUUGCUUGAGCUUUCCAGUGAAGACGCUAUGACGAUGGCCUCUAAUCACUCGCGUCAGUCCGUAGUGACGACGCAGGUUUAUUCUGAUCUCCCAGUUGACGACACUGACACAGAUCAAAGGACUGAGAAUCAGUCUCCCACCGCGAUCUCCACGGCAAACGUUCAGCGGAGUUCCAAUGGCAGCUUCUCUCCGAUCUCUCACAAGUCAAGUUUGCCGGUUCUACGGCGAUUCACAAUAGAUGACCAGGCUCUUGCAGAACGUGAGAAUGAGAUGACGAGAAGCCUUUCCUCGAUCGGACAACAGAGUACUUAUGAAACGCAUGUGCAUAAUCCAACAUCGCCGCCUUCUCCAGAACCUCUUUCCAGGAGCCGGAGUUAUUUUUCCGAAUCCAGUCUCAUCAAUUCCUCAGACCGUAUAAUCCAUCGUACAGAAUCUCUUGCGAGCUAUCAGACAGGUUCAGAAAGAAAAGCUACUCACCUUUUUGCCACUCCCAAACGGAGGUUAACCUCGAUCCAGGACACGGAAACCUGCAAAAUAGCACGCACCAGAGCAGACUGGAACGUCCAUGCUGGAUCUGCCUGCGAGGACAGAACCCCACCUCCAAUCUUCUUUGGACAGGCAAUGCCGCAGAGCCUACUGACAGAAGUUGACCAAGUUCAAACACCCUCCCUUCGUUUGACUCGGCCUGUUGAGCAGCGUAGCCAAAGCGUCUCUGAACGAUCUCAACCAGAACGGUCAGACUUAGAUAUGCGUCCACCACACUUCAUGCAUGAGCCGUUGGUUCCUGACUCCAGAAACUCCAGUCGACAAUCUUCAAGGCAUACCAGUACCAACAAUGCCUAUGAUGAUGACGAUGACCGGAAGUUCAGUACAAAUAUCCAUUGCCAUGCGAACCAAAUGAGGACCUCAUUUAGGAGGAACCGAGCCAUUCUCUCUCCACUGAUGCAUUCAGAGAGACAACCAACCACGACAAUCACUAAUUCUCGUGCUGAAAAACAGGCUGGAUCUUCAUCAAGCCUGCCAUCAGAAUCGCCCUUUCGCUUUCCGGCUUAUAGGACACCACAACAGGAGCGCAGACACACAGCAGGACGGUUAUCACCAGCAGCAGCUGGGUCCUCCUCUCCGAGGAAGAGGAUUCCCUCUUCGUCGUCUCAUUCCCCUUUCAGUUUCGACAGGUUCAUACUCCCAGAAACUAAUGAACGGCUUCAUGGCCGAGAACUCCAAGCCGACAGAGCAGUCUGGGAAGAGGUUAAUAACAAUGCUUCCUCAGCGGAACCGGAAACAGAUACGAUCCCUCCUUUCUUCAAUACCCCGUUUCGACGGUAA